AUGGCGCCUCGAAAAUCCAAACCGUCCCGUCCGCCACCGCCUUCGAGAACGCUCGUCCUCGACAACGGCGCCCACACGCUCAAAGCCGGCUUCGUCUCCCCCGACGAAACCUCCUCCUCCCCUCCGCGCAUAAUCCCCAACUGCAUCGCCCGCGACCGCGACCGCCAUACCUACGUCGGCUCCGAGAUCUCGCAAUGCAAAGAUUUUGGUGAAAUCGCGUUCCGACGCCCCGUCGAGAAAGGCUUCAUCGUGAACUGGGAAGCCCAGAAGGAAAUCUGGGAGCGCGAGUUUUUCGAUGCAAAAGCGCCGCAGCAAUGCGAUCCCUCCGAGACAACUUUACUACUCGCCGAGCCGCCAAAUUCGCUGCCCGUGCUGCAGACAAAUUGCGAUCAGAUGGUGUUCGAAGAGUUUGGGUUCGCGAGCUAUGCACGUUGUAAUGGCCCUGCGCUGAAUGCUUGGCAUGAUGUGCAGGCCAUUUUCAGGACGCCCAGGGCCCCAGAUAUGGUGGCGCAGUUGCCGGCCGAGGUGUUGAUGGUGAUUGAUUCGGGGUACUCGCAUACAACCGUGACACCUGUCCUGCGGGGGCGGCCUGUACACCCUGCUGUGCGAAGGCUAGAUGUCGGCGGCAAGCUUAUGAGCAACUACCUGACGCGGCUGCUCUCGCUGAGGCACUACGACAUGCGCAACGAUCCGUACAUCGUCAACGAGAUCAAGGAGCAGGCGUGCUACGUUUCGCUGGACUUCAAAGGGGAUCUGGAGCGUUCGUGGAAGGGCACAAGGGGCGAGAGGCGAGAGGAUUUUCUCACUGGCGGUGGUGUGGCCAGGGAUUAUGUGCUGCCUGACUUCCACACGAGGAUGAAGGGUAUGGUGCGAAACUACGACCCCUCGCAGAACUCGCGAGCAAAGAAGUUGGCAGCUGCAAGGGCGGUGGGGGCAAACGAGGACGUACUUACACUGCGAAACGAACGCUUCACCGUUCCGGAGCUGCUCUUCCACCCCUCAGAUAUCGGCAUGCGGCAAUCCGGUCUCGCGAAUCUGGUCAUGGAAUCGCUGUCCGUCCUUCCCAUCGGUUUGUGGCCGGGACUGCUAGCCAAUAUUGUCGUUGUUGGCGGCAACGGCUUGUUUGAUGGGUUUAUACAGCGUCUACAGAAGGAGAUUGUGCAGCUGGUGCCGGAUGAAUGCAUAGUACGCGUCGCCCGGCCGGCUGAUCCGAUCACGAGCACUUGGUUGGGAGGAGCAAAUCUGGCCAAGAGCGAGGAGCUGGCGGGGUUGUGUAUCACGAAGCAAGAGUACGAAGAGCAUGGGGGUGCCUGGGUUGCGAGGAAGUUUGCGAAUGGCGUGGGCGACUGA